CUUACUAAAAAAAAUAAAAAUGCAUUACUUCAUUUCCCCUCUUAUCUCCAAAUUGGUCCCUUUUUGUGUGGAUUUGGUGAACUCUGUAUCAUUCAACAACAACCCUAAAGGGAAAAAGAAGAAGUGAAAAUGGGUGAAGGGGGUGAGAAAGCAGAGAGAGGAAAACUUCCGGUGAAGGAACAGGGGAACUUAAUGACAGCCACUGGUGAUGAAAAUCUCAAGGACAUUUUCCACACUAUCAGAAUAACUAAAACUCCGGCUGUAAUCAAUUAUGGAGCUUCUUGGUGUCGUGUCUGCAACCAGAUCCUUCCUACAUUUUGGGACCUGAGCAAAAAGUUCCCAAAACUCUCUUUCGUAUACGCUGAUAUUGAUGAAUGUCCAGAGACCACACAGAACAUUCGGUACACACCAACUUUUCAUUUCUACAGAGAUGGUGAGAGGGUUGAUGAGAUGUUUGGUGGAGGAGAUGAGCGCUUGCAUGACCGUCUGUGGUUGCAUUCGUAGAUGAAUGCUUUCAAUACCAAACUUUUGUAUGACAUGACCAAACUUUUAUCAUAUUUCUAGGAGAAAAGACAUAAAGUUGUCUCGUAUUUGCAUAAAGACAUCUUAACUUUGGAAGUGUCCUAUCACCCGACAAAACUAUUUAAUAUAUUUGUAAAUGAGCCAUUUUGACCCAUUUCCUCGUCUGGGUUGUUACCACGCACAUGAGGCAGUGUUUUCACUGCCAUUAACCAGCUAUAAAGUGCUACGUGUCGUUUUAUUUUUUU